UGUGAAGCCGACCUCCUUCACCCUUCUUUCAUAUCGAUCAACGCAGAACUACACCCAUGCGCACCUCUCGCACGUCCAAGGAGACGGCUAGAGUCUUGCAGGCUCUGUCGCCCCCUGGGCGCCGCCAAACACGCAGCUCGUUCGCUCAUGCUAGUGCCCUGCGCGAUUUUGCCUUCAACGGUGGCCCUAAUACCCCUGCGGAGGCAAUGAGCGACGACGAUGAUAUGUCCUCGCUGUCAUCUGUCGCAACGGUCGAUAUCGAGGAUAUUCUCGAGCCCCCUUCCAAGCGGCAAAAGAGUGCUUUGAGCGGUCCUACAGCGCGCAGCGUGAGGACUCGUUCGGCGCGCAUUCCUGCAGAUACGCCCCAGGGCUCCCUCAAAGUGGAAACCACUGUCAAAGAGGAAGUAGUGGAAAAGCCGGCGGCCAGGGCCCGUCGCGUUCCUGCGCGGAAGGUCAAAGUGGAGGAUGGCACCUAUACGGUAGAGCCUCCAUCCAACUGGGAGACCAUCUACGCCACCGUGAAGAAGAUGCGCGAGGAAAACCCGACCGCCCCCGUGGACACCAUGGGCUGCGCCGAGCUCCAUUGGCGUGCGUCGUCUCCCCGCGACCGUCGCUUCCAGACCCUUAUUGCCCUGAUGCUGUCGUCGCAGACGAAGGACACGGUGACAGCUGUGGCUAUGCAACGACUGCACACAGAGCUCGGGGAUGGCACCCCGAUUGCCAUCAAGACAGAGCCCAGCGAUGAAGAUAACAAGCCAACAGAGCCCAUGAAGGACAGCACCCUGAAUCUGGAGAAUAUCUUGGCCGUAUCGCCGGAACGGUUGAACGAGCUGAUCCGCACCGUGGGUUUCCACAACAACAAAACCAAGUAUAUCAAAGCUGCGGCCCUGAUUAUCCGGGACCAGUACGGGUCCGAUAUCCCGUCGACGGCGACCGAACUGAUGAAGCUGCCUGGGGUCGGGCCGAAGAUGGCGUUCCUCUGUAUGAGUGCCGCUUGGGGCAAGCAUGAAGGCAUCGGUGUCGACGUCCACGUGCACCGCAUCACCAAUCUGUGGGGAUGGCACAAGACGAAGAACCCGGAGGAAACUCGUAUGGCUCUGGAGUCGUGGCUGCCAAAGGAUAAAUGGCAUGAGAUCAACAAGCUGCUGGUUGGUUUGGGGCAGACGGUCUGCUUACCUGUUGGCCGACGGUGCGGCGACUGCGACCUGGCCGGGACGAAGUUGUGCAAGAGUGAGAUCCGAGGAAUGGCUUCGAAGACCAAGACAACAACGCCACGCAUCACUUUCAUGGACCUUCCCCAUGAGGUCCGAGUCAAGAUCCUCGAGUAUGCUGGCUUGCUGCGGAAGUGUGUGAUCAACCUUCGGUACGAGUCUGUACGCAGAAAGCAGAAUGGUGGUUCUUGUUUGAGAGGCGAUCAUCGUCAUUUUAUCCCCUCUAGUCCGGGGACCUGGGCAGAGCGGGACUGCAACCACCCCAAGCUGCCAAUUGAGCUCUUCAAACUCUCUCGUGCUUCUCGUGAGGAAGCUGGCACUGUUUUCUUCUCCUGUAACCGGUUCAACGCACCCCUCUACAGCCGCGCUGACUACCGAACCUUUGUGCUCUCGAUGGGUUGGGGACUCGACCGUCUGAGAUACCUGCACCUAGACCUCACCCCGAGAGAGCACCGCUACUUGAAGCUGGCUGGUGGAGUGCACAGGACCGCUCUGCGAAUUUGGAACAGUUUCUGUCAUGUGGCGGCCACUGAAAUGCACGGCCUUAAAUACCUUAGCAUGAAAUGUAAGGUGCGAGAAUUAGAGGUCGCUACAAGACUCAUGCGCGAGAUGGACCCAUUUCCAGUUCUGUCCCAGUGUGCUUUUCACUUCGACCACACUUACGAGGAGCACAUCCAGAACGUGAUCCGCCGCGCUGCCUUGAGGGUGACGGAUAGUUUGAGCGUCAAGCAUGUGUUUCCAUUCACGCGUCUUCCUAGAGAGAUCCAAUUCCUGAUUCUGGAGCUGCUCCUCGUCAACCGUCCGGACCCGUUCCUACCACUGAUGGACAGUCUGGAAGGCGUCGUCUCCCUCCAGGACCGCCGAAAAGUCAUGAGAAACAACAUUUACAGCCCUCUCAACUGCUGCGGGACCUGCUCUCCUGUCGGGGCUCUUUGUUUCUGUCGUGGCCGCCACACAGCUUUUUCGACCUCCUGCAGCUGUCUCGAGACCCCGAUCAAUUACUUCCUGGUCAGCCGAGAUUUCUAUCGGGACGCGCGCCUGACAUUCUAUUCCCGCAACAAGUUCGCAUUUCUGGAAGAAGAUCCGGAGUUCAUGAUGCAGUUUCUUCACAGGCUCCCUACCUCGACUACAGAGCUGAUGCGGCACCUGAUCCUCAAGUUUCCGGGGCAUUAUCGCCAUAUUCCCCGCACCGGGCCCCGUUCGGAAGAACAAACCUUGAUCUGGUGGUCGGUGCUGCGGCGGUUCAUUCGCGAGCACUUCACUAUCCCGUCUCUGUCGCUUUCCAUUGUGGACAUGGGCUGGAAAGGAACUUCUGGUGGCAGCGAGGCUCGGCGUCGCUAUCUGAAGAAGCUGCUCGAGGCGUUCCUUGAUCUGAAAGGAUUGCGGGACUACCGGCUGCAUCUCACCGAUAACAACGAGCUGGCGAGGAUCAUGGAAAGGGAGAUGCUUGGGGAUGCCAGCAGUCACCGGGUGAGGGUCGGACCGGCACCCUUCAGUGGUCCGAAGAAGCUGCAGCAUGCAAAAUGA